UGGAUGGAUAGAUGGAUAGAUGGAUAGAUAGAUAGAUAAAGACUUUAUUAAUCCCACAAUGGGGAAAUUCUUUGAGAAGUAACAUGCAUGUGUAGAAAAUCUCAGUGUGUGCGAAAAGUUUUGACUGGUUAUGUACUGAACGGCCUAAAUUUGAGACGUCCUCAAUUAACCCUCCCCACAAAUGUGACCAUAAUUCCAAUAUCCAGCUAUUAUCUACUGAGUCCUAGGAUGCUAACUACAGUCCGGCUUAACCUUGCAUGGUCUCAUUAUCCUGCAUUUGCUAAUGCUCUUUUACAGACCUACCUGAAGAUGUUCUACGAGCUAAAGGACAAUCCAGAUGAUAGAAUUUGGCGCUUCAAUCCAUUCACCCUGAAGCUGAAGGAGAUGCAGCAGUUCUUCAGGCUCAAGGUGACAGGAGUGUUGGACGACAAAACGCUGGAGGUGAUGAAGAAACCGCGCUGUGGGGUCCCGGAUAUGGCCGAGUACUCCACCUUUCCAGGGAAUCCAAAGUGGCCCAACAACAAUGUGACCUACAGAAUCAAGAAUUACACACCCGAUUUGUCCGUGUCUGAGGUGGACCAGGCCAUCAAGGACGCUCUCGACGUCUGGGCCAAGGUCACUCCCCUUCGUUUCACAUUAAGACAACGUGCAUUUGUGCCAUUAGACCACGGAGACCCUUACCCAUUCGACGGACCCGAUGGCACCCUGGCUCACGCUUUUUCACCUUCCUCGGGCUUUGGGGGCGACACUCAUUUCGACGAGGAUGAGACUUUUACUUCUCACACUACAGCGGGGUACAAUCUGUUCAUUGUGGCAGCCCAUGAAUUUGGCCACGCCCUUGGGCUGUCUCACUCCACGGACCCUGGGGCUCUUAUGUACCCAAUGUACAGCUACAGAGACCCAAGCACCUUCACGCUCCCCUAUGAUGACGUGAAGGGAAUACAGUUCAUUUACGGCUCAAACCCCAAUGUGAACCAGGGAGUUACGGACGUCCCUCCACCUCAAACCCCCGAUCCUUGUGACCCGAAACUGGUCCUGGAUGCCGUCGCAUCUCUGCGUGGAGAGGUGAUGUUCUUUAAAGACAAGUUCUUCUGGCGUAGUGUGCCCCAGAGCAACCAGCAAGAAUUGCACCUCAUCGCAAGCUUCUGGCCAGAAGUUCCCAACAACAUCGAUGCCGCCUACGAGAAUCCCAGCUUGGACAGGGUGUUCCUCUUCAAAGGUAAUCAAGUCUGGGCUCUGUCAGGCUAUGAUAUUGUGCCUGGCUACCCGAAAAACCUCACCAGUAUGGGUCUGCCAGCCAGGCUUCAGAAGAUAACUGCCGCUGUGUAUGACAAAGCAAGCAGAAAGACGCUGUUUUUCGUGAACAAGCACUAUUUCAGCUACGACGAGAGUAAGGGCAAGAUGGACAAAGGCUACCCCAAACUGGUGAAGAAUACUUUCCCAGGCAUGACCGAGAGGGUUACGGCAGCAUUCCAACUCCAUGGGUUCACGUACCUGUCCAGUGGUCGGCGCUUAUACGAGUACAGCUACCAGAGCCAAAGACUGCACCGCCAGCUUCCCGGAACGCAUUUCCUUAACUGCUGAGACUCAGAACCACAUCUCAAAGCAGCCUUCCUUUUUUUCUACCAACAUUAUUUAUUGCAGUGCAUUUUUAAAUAUUUGGACUGAAGCCAUUUAAUUACAAGAAGCGUCCUUUACAAUAUAUUUAUUACAAUUUCUCUAAAUUAUUUGAUUUAUGAUAUUUGUUCACUG